CACUCAUUAAGGUCAUUGUUGAGUUUUGAGUUUUGCUGGUAAACUGAACUCUUUAUCUUCUCUGGUCUUGCAGGAGCCAUAUGGUAUGAUGGCAUGACCUUAAAAUUUCAAAGUGAUCCCUUGGCUGUCGCCCCAGUCCACUGACGUUCACCAUCAUGCCUGACAGAUAACCCAGAGGUCCCCGCCGAUGUGAGCCGAUGUGAGCCGCGCAGCCAAGCGAAAGUACCAGGAGGCACAGCAGAAUGGCAGAGGAAUGGGGAAGUGUGAUGUUUGCGGCCAGGAGGCGGAACGAAGAGGAAACCACUCGGGAGUCUAUCUUUGUGUACACCAACAGCAACAACACCAGAGGUCCCUUUGAAGGCCCAAACUACCACAUUGCUCCCCGAUGGGUCUACAACGUCGCCACGGUUUGGAUGUUUGUCGUGGUUGUAUUAUCGACCUUCACCAACGGCCUGGUGCUGGUAGCCACAGCCAAGUUUAAGAAGCUUCGUCAUCCACUCAAUUGGAUUCUGGUCAAUCUGGCUGUGGCGGAUAUCGCCGAGACGCUAAUUGCCAGCACCAUCAGUGUGGUCAACCAGAUCUAUGGCUACUUCAUCCUGGGGCACCCCUUGUGUGUCAUUGAGGGCUACACAGUCGCUUCCUGCGGCAUUGCAGGUCUGUGGUCACUAACUGUCAUCUCCUGGGAGAGGUGGGUAGUCGUCUGCAAGCCUUUUGGAAAUGUCAAGUUCGAUGAGAAAUGGGCAACAGGCGGUAUCAUCUUCACCUGGGUGUGGUCCCUCUUUUGGUGCGCACCACCCAUCUUCGGCUGGAGCAGGUAUUGGCCCCAUGGCUUGAAGACUUCCUGCGGACCUGACGUGUUCAGUGGCAAUGAGGACCCGGGUGUUCGGUCCUUCAUGGUCACCCUCAUGCUGACCUGCUGCAUUUUGCCACUUAGCAUCAUCAUCUUCUGCUACAUCUGCGUCUGGAUGGCCAUCCGCACGGUUGCACAGCAGCAGAAAGACUCAGAAUCCACGCAGAAGGCCGAGAAGGAAGUCUCCAGGAUGGUGGUCGUCAUGAUCCUUGCGUAUUGCGUGUGCUGGGGACCGUACACAUUCUUCGUCUGUUUUGGCACAGCCUACCCCGGCUACGCCUUCCACCCACUGGCUGCGUCGAUGCCUGCGUACUUUGCCAAGAGCGCCACCAUCUACAACCCCAUUAUCUAUGUCUUCAUGAACCGGCAGUUCCGUGUCUGCAUCUACCAGAUGUUUGGCAAGAAAGUGGAUGAUGGCUCCGAGGUGUCCUCCACUUCCAAAACAGAGGUGUCUUCAGUUGCUCCAGCGUAAACGCCCCGUCAAAUCGCUCAGCACGGGAUCCUGCCUGGACAAAUCUGUUGACGAAGGAAGGAAACAUGGAAGAGAACCAAAGCAGGAACUGCUUGUCUAUACUGUAUAUCUUGUACUUUACAACACCUUCCCCAAGAUUUCCCAAGGAAAAUUUCAGGCAGUUACAGCAUGCGUGUGUAUAAGUAAUCUUACAGUUCUGCAGGGAAAACCCUUUUUUUCCCCACUGUCCGAUUCCUUGUAGGGUCAGACAAUGUAACCAACCAUGACUCUUUGGGGCUGUUAUAGUUGUACACCAGCAUUGUCAGAUCAUGGAGGCCUUUCAGGAUGAAGCUGACAGCAGGUUCUUUCCAGAGGCUGUAACAUGAUGAAGAAAUUCUCAAAACUGUGCAAGACAAUAGGCAUUACCGUUGGAAAAGUGGUCUCACGGCCAUGUGAAUUUUAUAAUAUUUAUUUAUAAUUUUCGCUCCAAGAAUAAUAAUUACUGACAUCAUAUU